GCGGUUACGUUCUUUUUGCGUUGUGCAUAUUUUGCAUUAAUAAACAUAUAGUUUUGGGAUUAUUAAGAGAUGCUAUUAUUAGGUUCUAAGGAAAAGAAUGCAGUUUUUACAUUUCUGCUGGCAUUAAUAACGGUAAUUCCUGCGGUCAAUGGUAACAAUGGAGAUGAAGCGUACAGAAGAUAUUACGUGGAGAGAGCGUGCAGUAAUGGAUCUUUAACGAUAAGAUUAGCAAGCACAGGUCCUAUGUCGGCAGGAAUCCUGAUGGCAACAUCACGCACAUCAUAUUCUCUGCAUAUGACAUGCACUAUUAGUUUGGUGGCACCUCAUCUGCAUUAUAUUCUCGUGAGUCUGCGAGAAACCGGAUUUAGAGUUGAUCUCAACGGCAACUGCAAAGACUACUUAGUGAUUGACAAACCACUAUGCGAAACGAUGAAAAGACUGGAUGAGGAACGUCAUUACACGUCUUUGUACAAGUCUACGCCUAAUGUCAUGAAUCUCACAUACCACACAUCUGAUGAUUUGGACAACAAAACUCUGUCGGGAUAUCCAGGAUUCACACUCAUUUUCACGGCUUUCCAAAAAGCUAGCGAUCUUGGAGGAUCAUGUAGCGGCAAAGGAAAUAAAAGUGACUCCUCCUUCCAAUGUUCUAACAAUUAUUGCAUAUGGUCUGGUUUAACGUGUGACGGCCACAACAACUGUGGAGACUUAAGUGAUGAAGAAACUUAUGGAAAUUCCAAUUGCGGUGGCAAGAGCGGGGGCUACACUGUCCUCAUCAUUCUUGGACUUCUGAUAUUAUUCUUGUUGAUUAUUAUGUGUGUUACAACACUUCUGUGUUCUAAAAACGAAACUGUACGACGCUUUUCUACAAGACUGAGGAGCAGAUCAAUUUCGUUCCUCCCUAGACUGCCAAGUAGAUGAACAAAUCUGCAUAUAUCAGCUUAUAGGUCCAUUCUCAUGUUAUCAGCAGUGGAAAUCAAAAUACAAUUCAGAUUAUUCUGUAUCCGUUAGGCUAUUAUUUUAAAAAUACAAAAUUAUAAUUCUACAUAUCGGUGAAAUUUUUGGUACUUUGAUUACACGCACCUCCAGUAGAAUCUGCCGUAUUUUGAAGUCUACAUGCGAAAACAACCAACUCACACACAUAUUUGAGUAUACGCUUGGAUUUAGAAGCUUUAUAUUUAACCAUCAUUUGCAUCCACUGAGUAUAAAAAUGUAAAUACCAGCCAAAUGCACUUCGGCUUUUCUCAGAAAAUGCUUCUUCGUAUUAUUUAUGAACAGAGCAAUACCUCUGUGCCAUAAAGGUAUCAGUAUCAGUAGUGGGCGUAGCCCGACCCGCCUAACCAAACAAGUUGGUCUUAUGGUCAUGCCCAUUUCAACAAAGGAAAAAAUGAAACAUAAAAUAUCUAUAGCCAUAAAGGUAGACAAACAUAUGUUUCUCGUCAAUUCACAUAUUCGUCACAUCUGGCACGCUAACUGUACUGUGUUAGCGAUUUCUCGUAGGGAUGCGGAUAAUGAGAAAGUACCAAAAUUUCAGCUACAUAUGAAACAAAAAAUGGUAAGUAAUAAUUGAAAACUUCACUGCAUAAGCCAUUGUCGACAUCUGGACUUUGCACUUUACAAACUGGACGAGUUAGCACUUUUGACAGUUAGCACGACGUCAAAAGUGGGGCGAAUUAAUGAGAAAGUAAACUGUCAUUCCAUGACAUUCAUAUUCCUAUACAAUACAUAAUUUACACAAAAUUUCGUUAAGAUUUUGAAAUUUUUGAUGCAGCUUUGGCUGACGAAUUUAGUUUAUGAACACCAAAGAUUGGAAACCAUUUCUUGAAAGAUUAGCAACAAAAUAAAAUUUAAUAAAUAUUAAAUGAAUAUAUGCCAUGUCUCUUCGACAGAUUUCAAUAAAUUUAAUCUACUAAUAAGGUACUUAUUUUAAACUAACCAGUUAUUAUGAUUUUGAAAUUCACUUUAACUUCUACCUCAUACUCUCACAUUCUUCAGCAGAAUGUAAAUUAGUUUUGUGGUGAAUUUAAGUUGAGGUUUUUGGAUAGAGCGCUGCGUGGUCAGAUUUCUGUCAGCUUCAGCUGAAUGCAAUUAUUUCCGCUUUGCAUGCUCUACCAGCCGAUACUUAGGCUUAACUUCUACCUCAUACUCUCACAUUCUUCAGCAGAAUGCAAAUUAGUUUUGUGGUGAAUUUAAAUUGAGGUUUUUGGAUAGAGCGCUGCGUGGUCAGAUUUCUGUCAGCUUCAGCUGAAUGCAAUUAUUUCCGCUUUGCAUGCUCUACCAGCCGAUACUUAGGCUUAACUUCUACCUCAUACUCUCACAUUCUUCAGCAGAAUGCAAAUUAGUUUUGUGGUGAAUUUAAGUUGAGGUUUUUGAAUAGAGCGCUGCGUGGUCAGAUUUCUGUCAGCUUCAGCUGAAUGCAAUUAUUUCCGCUUUGCAUGCUCUACCAGCCGAUACUUAGGCAUCAUUAGUUUAUUUGAGCCAAUUUGUAGUUUAGUAUUAGUGUUUCCGUCACAUAGCUACAAAUGGCCCAUGGAAGAUUAGAUAUUUGAAUGUACAUCUGGAAUAAUUAUAUAGCAUGCGACAGCUAUUUGCCCAAGGGAAGGGAUGUCUUCGUGGGGAAUUUUUUACUAAGGUUCUAAAAAUGCAUCAUUAUAUAAAAGCACUGAAAUAUAAGCACAUUAAAAAAAGAAUUCCAUACUAUAGAAGAGCAUAAUGUUCAUUUAAAACUAAAUUAAAUCAUAAAUUACACCGAGAGAGAGAGAGAGAUCAGAAGACAUUUCACUUAUGAAAGGUUAGUUUCACAGGACUUUCUGAAGCUUAAUUUAAGGACAUUAAUCAUAAAAAUAUUGGCAAUUUCAUUUAAUCUUUCACGUGUAUCCAGAUAUAUUAAAUAUGAUUUCAAAUACCGUUUGAUUUAAACUAUUUUGCCGACCAGUAGCCAUCGAUUAUAAUUGCCGAAUACCGGUAAUUCAGCCUAACUAAGGGGCUGAAUGCACUACGUAUAACGUGAAAACAAUCCAGUUUCCAUAAGAAAGUCCACAGUGAAAACAUCCCUCCUCUUAGGCAGAGUGACCUCGAAUACUUUACCCUCAUCAAAUAAACAGCAAAUUAUUCCAGCGUGCAACCCAAUAUAUGAGUUUUACAGAACAUAUCUACAGAAACACUUUUUUAUUUUCAACAAAUAUCCUAGACGUCGGUAUAAAAUCCGAUAUUCAGAAGUGCAUUAUUAUGAAACUGUCAUUCCUUAUAUAAAUUUCUACCAAUUAUUUCUGACAUGUAACUACUACUUAUUAAUAAAAGAUGUAUUUUUAAGAUAA